AUGAAGGCCAUUACAUUUGCUACCACUGCUGCCGGACUUCUCCUUGCAAGCCCAAUUUUUGCUGAUGAUUUCAGAAUGACCAACCCAGUCCAAUUACAAGAUGUAAAAUAUGUUACCGUCGAACCGGCGCCAGUAACCGUGUUUGUUGACAAUCCUAAACCAGUCAUUCUUACCGUGGCUGCAAUGGAAGUUGUUACCGUCACUGCACAGCCGGUUCCAACACAUUCUGCAACCGAAAUGCCGAUAAUUCGUCCUACCUCCAUGGAGACCGUGCACCCGACAGUUUAUCCCACAUCCACAGAAACUGUGCCAUACACAACAAUGUCAGAGUCCACCAGCUCAAGCAAAAGCAGCGCUUCGUCAAAGCCAGGAACCACUUUAAAUCUUCCCAUCACCACCACUAUUGAUGGAAUUUCCACUUCUUUCAUGAGCCAAAUUAGCACCUAUUUGAAUACAGCAAGCAAGCCAAGCUUAAAUACAGUUGAUACGCCGGAUGAAAACUCUGCUUAUUCUCUGGUCACUGGAACUGUUCUUUUUAUCCCAGCUUUGAUCCUAGCUUUACUUUAA